AUGACGAUCCGACUAAAGACGAUCGAGUUGAACCUGGGCUUUCCAAAGAAGCGCGUCGUGGUUCACCUCUACGACGGCCCUGAUGCGCCACCGUCAUCACCACGCCGAUUGGAAUAUUGGAAGAGCGAGAAACAACCGAUUGGCUAUGGCAGCCAGGGCAGAGUAUUUCUGCAGAAAUGCAUCAGCGGCAGUCGGCUCUAUACUCAACGGGCGGUGAAAAUGAUCCCGCUCCAAGAAGGAAACGGGAGAAGGCGCUACGUCCGAGAGCUGCAAAUCGUGAUCAAAUUUUCUCACGAUAGGUACUCUAGGUACUUUGUAAAAUCGUUGGGAUGGUACUUGUCGGAUGACUCCUUGUGUAUUGCCAUGGAGUAUCUGGCGAAAGGCGAUUUAGAGACAUACCUCCAAGGCAGUCCGCCAUUACCUGAAGACGAAUGCCGCCACGUCAUCAGCCAAGUUACGAAGGGCCUAAAGCUCAUGCACAAAGAGGGAUUUGCUCACCGCGACAUAAAGCCCCAGAACGUCUUAAUCCAACAAUCUCCGAUACACGAUGGGUCCCUAGCCUGGUGGGUCAGACUCACAGAUUUUGGCAUCAGCAAGCCACUGGAGGCCGGGACCAACACGGCAGUCGGGGUCGGUACUCUAGGAUAUAUGGCACCGGAGCUGUUAGGUUGGGGAUUGCCAGAGAGUAGCGCUAAUAUCAGCUACCCAGCUGUGGACAUGUGGGCUCUGGGCGUAAUGAGCUUCCGUAUACUAAUGGGGACCAACCUAUUUCCAACCCCUGUGAGUAUAUUCCAAUACUGUGGGCAUCCAGAGCUCCACUUGCCCCAGAGCCGGCUAGAGGAUCGCAAUAUCAGCCCAGACGGGGCGGCCUUCAUUCGUGCCUUGUUACGACCGCUGGUCGCCCAGCGACUGGAAUCGAACGCAGCCCUGCUCCAUGAUUGGAUUCGACCUCAUACAUCGAGCGCACCGGCGAUCCUAGCUACUCAUAGCGGGUCUUCGAACCAAUCUUCUAGAAAUAAUAGGCCCGGGUACCCAGCUAAUCUUACGCCCUAUUAG